GCACACCGGCAGACUGUGCGUCUAUGGGCCUCUCAGGCCAGCUCUUCAAGGGCAUCAAGCCCCUCCUGGUCAUCAGUGGCAUCAACAAGGGUGCCAACACAGGCCGCCAAGUCAUCUACUCCGGCACGGUGGCGGGUGCAAGGGAGGCCGUCAUUCAGGGCGCUCCAGGCAUCUCCAUCUCGCUCGACUGGGCCGCUGCAAGCACUGACGCCCUCUUUUCUCCCGCCGCUGCCACGUGUCUGCCUCUCAUUCGCUGCAUUCUCGAGGCAGCAACUGCUGGUCAGCUCUCCAGCAGCGGCGGGGACCCGCUGCUGCUGAACGUGAACGUGCCUCUCGACCCUGUCAAGUCCAAGGGUUUCAAGCUGGCCCAGCAAGGCCACGCGAGGGUGGCCUUCCCCUGGACGCACAUCGCCAAGAAGCGCACUGGAGUGCAGCUCGCAGGGCUGCAUGGCGGAGCGGCAGCAGCCGGGGGGAGGGGACUGCCGGGCAUGAUGGGUGGCAGGGGUCUUCCGGGAAUGAUGGGAGGGAGGGGACUGCCGGGGAUGGUGGGAGGGAGGGGCCUGCCGGGAAUGACUGGGCCUCCCGCGGUCUCUCUGGCUGAACUGGGAUCGGUUGCCUCUGCUGCUGGCGCAGCGCGGUCCAAGACUCCUGGGGAGGAGGGCAAGGAGGACGGCGGGGACGAGCCGUGGCAGCCACUGCAUAAGAUGCACUUCAGGCACGAGCCGAGUGGGUGGGACGUGCUUGACAAGGACCCCGACUAUGACUCCGCUGCUCUCGCUCUUGGCUAUGUGACAGUCACACCACUCGCCAUCACUGCUUCCAUCGAUAUCCACCCACGGCUCAAGGAGGACUUGGCAUGGCUCGCACCGCUGCUGCCACACGAUGCCUGA